UUCCCCUCUCUCUCUCACUCUCUCUCUAAUAUUGGCCCUGAUGAUCCUAAGGGGAAAAAAAGUGGGGAGAGAAAAAGAUAUGUACCUUAGGGAAGAACCUCAGUGAGAGGGAGGGAAUCAGAGGACGAGUAGGAGCGAGUGUGUGAAAGAGACACUUACUCUCCUAACUACUGGGACACACACACUUUCCUCACCCAACUCAAAGAAGCAGCAAACCCUGGAGAAUUAUUUAUUUUAUUUUAUUUUUUUGCUUUCAUUUAAACCCCAAAAUUGCUAAUUAUUCUCUCAAGCAUCCAUCUUUUUCCACCUUAAGACUUGCCUGCUGGGACUUAAUUUUCAGCCCCUCUCUAGGAAUUCUAUGUACUGAUCAAUAGCAAUUUCCAUCCACACAAGACAUACCUCAUGGAUUUGUACCUGGUUGGAUAUCUCAUGUGCAUGUGGUUGUCCAGCUCUCGGGUGCUUGGAGGCUAUCCCAUCUGGUGGUCCCUGGCCCUUGGGCAGCAGUACUCAUCCCUAGGCUCCCAACCCAUCCUGUGUGGCUCCAUACCUGGUCUGGUGCCAAAACAACUGCGCUUCUGCCGCAAUUACAUCGAGAUCAUGCCCAGUGUGGCAGAGGGAGUCAAACUGGGAAUCCAGGAGUGUCAGCAUCAGUUCCGAGGCCGCAGGUGGAACUGCACCACUAUCAAGGACAAUCUAGCAAUAUUUGGACCAGUUCUUGAUAAAGCCACAAGAGAGUCUGCAUUUGUUCAUGCAAUUGCCUCAGCUGGAGUGGCGUUUGCAGUGACCCGUUCAUGUGCGGAGGGGACCUCCACAAUGUGCGGCUGUGACUCCCAUCAUAAAGGCCCGCCGGGAGAGGGAUGGAAGUGGGGUGGCUGCAGUGAAGAUGCAGAGUUUGGGGUUUUGGUGUCUCGAGAGUUUGCAGACGCUCGUGAGAACCGACCAGAUGCUCGGAGUGCCAUGAACAGACACAACAAUGAGGCAGGACGGAUGACCAUCCUGGAAAACAUGCACCUGCGCUGUAAGUGCCAUGGACUGUCAGGCAGCUGUGAAGUAAAGACCUGCUGGUGGGCUCAGCCUGACUUCAGGCUGUUGGGGGAUUACCUGAAAGACAAGUACGACAGUGCCUCCGAGAUGGUGGUGGAGAAACACCGGGAGUCCAGAGGCUGGGUGGAAACACUACGGGCCAAAUACGCCUUCUUCAAGCACCCCACAGAACGAGACCUGGUGUACUACGAGGGAUCGCCCAACUUCUGUGAGCCGAACCCGGAGACAGGCUCAUUUGGCACCCGGGACCGCGUCUGCAACGUGUCGUCGCACGGCAUCGAGGGCUGCGACUUGUUAUGCUGUGGCCGCGGCCAUAACACACGGACAGAAAAGCGCAAGGAGAAAUGCCACUGCAUCUUCCACUGGUGCUGCUACGUCAGCUGCCAGGAGUGUGUGAGGGUCUACGAUGUGCACACGUGUAAAUAAGUGCAGGAAGAAAGGGACUAGUGGACAUUAAAGGAUGGAAAGAGAGAGAAGGAGAGGGAGAGACUGAGAACACACACAAGAUAGCGGCAUGUUUGUGGUAGAACCCUUUACUAAUGUGCCCUUUUUGAUCUACACGCCCCAAAAGAUGCCCAUGGUGAGCAUCACGGUUACUACUGCCAUUCCUCUCACUCUUUUUUGUGGCAGGCAUUACGUCUGCAAAAGAACAAAAUGCCUUGUUAUCAUUCAGUCUUCUUUAUCUGUAACACCAUCUCUCUGAUCAUCUCGCCCUGCUGCCCAAGGGCCGAAACAGGAUAUGUUCAAAUACAACCAAUGACACUAGGCGCGCAUUAAAGAACAAGAGGAGGGGGAAAAGCACGACAGGAAACUCUUGGUGAACUACUGAACGCUGGGUCUCGAAAUAUGCCCUGCUAUACUACUGAAUCCAAUGUAAUGCCCGUGUUUUUCCCUCAUGAUUUCCCAAUCAUAUUGUACACUCCUAUCACAAUCAUAUCAUGGAACAUAUUGCUGUUCGCUACAUAAAAACUCUGUAAUUUGUUUAUACAGCAGUUUGGAGGGAUGCAAUUGAUAUAUUAGCGUAGGGGCGGUGCAAACAGGAAAAUGCAUUAUGGGUACCUUCUGAUUUUUGCAGAACAUGUACAUGCAAAGUCAUCGGUGAUUCUCCUGGAUGAGUGCAGGACAGCUGGUGAAAUGCAUGACAGCAGAAUUCAACGACACACACUGGGCUCACGUGCAUCCGACCAGUAAAAUUUGCACUUACAAAACUACUAAUGAGUAUACUAAUUCUAGAGAUUACGGUGAUUAUUUUUUAACAUAUUCUUUUUGAUAAAGCUCCUCGUAUAUGACUGUGAAGGCUCCGUUUCAACACUUCCCUGUCGAGAAGUUUGCGUAGAGGAAGGAGAACAAGCACGCAGGAGGAGGAUAGUUAAGGAAAGAAAUAGGAGGGUAAAUUAAAGAGGGAAGUAGCAACCCAAUUUCAUGAAAAAACACAACUAGAUGGCGCUUUCGUAUGAAGGUCAUACAAAUUUAUACGAAGAAGCCACCAAUUUGCGAAUUGUCAUGAGAGUUUGUUGCAUGUGGAGGACUGCUGUGGGUUCGAGUGUGUGAUAAAUGGAAGAAAGACCAGCUUUACAAAGCUGCAACAGACUAGCGGAGGUUUCCAUAGGACAUGUUCUGACAGUCCCAUACGCUUCCCAUUAAUUAUGUUUAACUACGCAACGCUAGUUUCACAUUCACACCGAUCCCUGAGGAGCCCUCUCACCAGUCACAUCUACGCUCCCUUUCCCAUUUCUCCUUCCGCUAUAUCCAAAGUUUUGUACAAAGCCUUUAAAAGUUCAUAAUUCCCUUUUUAUUUUAUAAUCUGAAAAUGUUAUGUUUUUAUAAAUAUUAUUUAUUACACAAUGUAUAUAUCUGUAUGACUGAACUAAGA